CGCGCGCAAGGCUGGGGCAGAACCCAGGCCGGGAUAGGGCGUGGGGCAGCGCGUCGGGACGUCCCUCGCGUCGGGCCCGAUGGCGCGUGCGCAUUGGGCGGCCGCCGGGGCGGCUGAGGGGCGGGGCGGGGGUAAGAGUGGCUUCUGUACCUCGCGGUGCCCUGCCGCUGCCCGGACACCGCGCGGGCCGCCGGCAUCAUGAAGAUCUGGACUUCGGAGCACGUCUUUGACCACCCAUGGGAAACUGUUACAACAGCUGCAAUGCAGAAAUACCCAAACCCGAUGAACCCAAGUGUGGUUGGAGUUGAUGUAUUGGACAGACACGUAGAUCUCUCUGGGAAGUUGCACAGCCAUAGACUUCUCAGCACAGAGUGGGGACUGCCUUCCAUUGUGAAAUCUCUUAUUGGUGCAGCAAGAACCAAAACAUAUGUGCAAGAACAUUCUGUAGUGGAUCCCGUAGAGAAAACGAUGGAACUUAAAUCUACUAAUAUUUCAUUUACAAAUAUGGUUUCAGUAGAUGAGAGACUUAUAUACAAACCACAUCCUCAAGACCCAGAAAAAACUGUUUUGACUCAAGAAGCCAUAAUUACCGUGAAAGGGGUCAGUCUCGGCAGUUACCUCGAAGGACUGAUGGCAAGCACGAUAUCGUCAAAUGCCAAUAAAGGCCGAGAAGCAAUGGAGUGGGUAAUACAUAAAUUAAAUGCUGAAAUUGAGGAAUUGACGGCUUCGGCAAGAGGGAGCAUCAGGACACCAAUGGCAGCAGCAGCAUUUGUGGAGAAAUGAUCAUGAAAGUUGAUAACACCCAGUUCCCCAGGUCUCUGCGAGCUGGCAGUAUAUUUAUUUGUUAUUUAAAAAAUACAACUAUAUUUUCGGUAGAAUUGUUUUUUUAAUAAGCUGAAGAAGGACUAUGUGACUUGAUCAAAACAAAGAGGUGCAGGGUUUCUAAAUAAAAGGGAUUGGCUGAAACUAGUGUUGUCUGAAAUGACUGUCUGAUUUUGAGGAUUCCAGUAUUUACGUAAAAAUUUAACAAUUUUUGAGAAGUACUUGAAAAUUGGUAUUGGCUGAUUAAACCUCCUUAAGGUAGAAUUUCAAAGCUUUUCACGCAUUGGAACUCUACCUGUCUUUGGACCAACCCCAGAACCAAGCAGAGCCACCUCUUACAUACCCACCACUGCCCUGCAAUAAACUUGGAGAACUUGCAUGAGGGAACUCACUUUUAAAGGAGAAACUGUAUAGUUUUAAAAAGACAUUAAUUGUAUAAAAUAAUUUGCUCUGCUAUAAACCACCAUUAAAAAUCACAAUGUUUUAAUUUGGUACUCAACAUUUUUGGAGUAAAAAUUAUCACGAAAGUAAUAAACGACUCCAACAAAAAUAUAUUUUAUUGUGUUAAAGAGUACUGUAUUGAUUUGCCAAAGUUUUGUAACUUAGUAAAGGUAUUACCUUCCUUGGAUCUGUACUUUAUGACUUAGUAUGCUGUGUCGUGGGCUGGUUAUGUUAACUGAAAAAAUAAAAUCAUUACCAGAAUUUUGCAGCACUCUAAACUUAAACAGAAGAACAGCUGUUCACAUCUUUUAGCAUUUCAUAUUUGCCUAACUUAUAAAUUGCCAUGUGUCAAAAUCGUGGUUCUGUAAUUGCUAAAGCAUGAUAUGUCAGGUUAUUUGAAUAUAGUUACUUUUUGAAGUAAUUGUGACCACAAAACAUCUUUUUUAUGUGAAGAGCUGUACAUCAUUUGAAAUUACUCGAAUGAUGUCUUGAUCUGAAGCAUAAAUCCCAGGGACUUAAUGUUUUUAAUAAUACCGUGUCACUGCGGGGGAUGGGGGCAGUGGAGAAGAAAAAAGAAUAAUAGGGUGAAAAAAGAGCAUUGACCUAAACUAACCAGUAUGUGAAUUGCUUUGCAGCUUUUAUUUAUGGGAAAUCCUUGCUUUGGAUGCCAGUGGGCAGCUGCAAUCUGAAAAAGAAUCCAGUAAAUGUUGUUUUGUAUUUUGUAGCAGGCAAUUAAUUAUCAACCACUAAAUAAGAAUAUCUUUGAUACUGGGAAUUGUUGCAUACAGAAUAUUUUUGUUAAAAGGUGAUGAGCUCUUGCCUUUAUUUCACAGUACUUAAAGUGACAAACUUCUAGUCAGGUUUCCUAUAAAAGAAACCAAUUAAUAUAUGUACCUAAACCACAAAAAUAGUAUACCAAACUAUUUGAAAAUUAUUGUUUUUCUACUUAAAGUAUUGUUUAGCUUGUGACUUCUUAGGACAUUUGUAAAAGCAAGUUAAAGCCAAUAAGGUUUUUGAUUAUUUUUUGUAACCGGAGAUGGUUUUUACAAUUAAAAUAACAUUUCAACUAAACAAACCAUUGCUAAAUAAUAUUUAAUAAGUUGCCUUGUAUAAUUUCUGAACAUUAUACUUGUUUUGAAAAGUAUAAGAAUACCCUAAUGAUAAAAAGAUUUCUAAACAAAAUUUUAUCCUGUUUGAUUUUUUUUACUCUGAUCUAAUGACAAAAUUCUAUAGAUUUUCAUCUUCCAGUGUAGUUACUUUUCGUUAAGUAGCUCGUAGGUAAUGGCUUUUACCUGUUAAAAUAUAAAUAACAUCGCAGGCAUUCGAGAGGACUAAACUGGAGUAAAGUGUUCAUGGGUUAGAAUUGGACUCUUGGACUAUGGAGCAUAUUAUCCUGUUUAAUGUUAAAGAUGGAUCUUGUAUGAAUUAAGAAAAACCUUCCUGUUAAUAAAAACUUCCGUUUAACUAUGA